ACUUUACAGGACAGUACGGUUAUAGCAGUGGUCUAAAAACUCUGUAGUUUGACAGUACUGGCAUCGCAGUCGCUACAAAAGAUAUUAUAAAGAGCGCUACGGUGAUCACCGUGCUGGAUUUAUACUAUCAUUGUAACGAACAUGAUUUACUGUCUAUCUACAAGUUAUUCAAAGGUUUGUACUGUCAAAUCUAAGAGCUAUAAUAUAUACAUUACCUACAUCGUAUAGAAACACAAAAAGUAGUUGAUAUAGUAACACUACGGGUAUAACCGUAUAGUCCGCCUAGAGAAUUCAUAGAAACACCAAGUCAGUGUCGCGCUGCCUGGCACCGGUGUUGGUUGUGUCCACGUGGGUUCGCGCGCAAAAAUUUGUGGCAGAAAACAUGAAUAAAGACGAGGAGCGCAUCAAAAAGUUAUUGGAGGAUGUGUCGACUCCAGAAAGUUCUGACGAUGGCAGUUUUUCUGAUACAUCAGAAAAAACGGAAACAGAUCCUUUUGAGGAUAACGACGGGGAAUAUGGCACGGAUGCAGACUAUGUACCAAAUAGUGAUUCGGAUGACUCAGAAGCCUUGGAUGUAGAUGAGGCUAAAUCAGAGAAAGAUCCUAAAGAUUCUAAGGUUCAGCCCAGAUAUGUAAGGGCCAGUGAUAAUAAUCGCACAGAUACAGUACCAUCUACUUCUAGAUACAGAGCUACCUUAUUUGUUCCACCCUCUCCUUCGAUUUCUGACCAAAACAGUCCAAUACUACCUUUACGCCCUACCGCGAGCACACACAUAUCCAUAGAAAGUGCAUCUGGAAGUCCUGUAAUACCUCUUGGUAGUCCCAUUACAUUUCAUAAACCUCAAGAUAUCGUCGAACCGUCAGGUACCAUGAGUGUGACAACGGAAAAUAGUUUUUCUAUGGGAUGUCUAAGCCUAUUAGAAUCAGCAUUUCCAUCAACUUCAGCACAAAGUUCCAGAGCUGCGUCCCCUGUAAUUCCUCUUCACGAAAUAUCGGGCCUUGCAAGUCCGGAAGAUCCUGUAGAUCAAAAUUUGGAAGAACAGGAAUCUGAAGGAAAUCCUGAUCUUCAGUUAUCUCUAAAUGUAGAAGCAGAGACACCCGAAGAAGAAUGGACUUGUACUACUGAACUAAUUCCAGAGUUUGGAUUUGAUAAUAACACUCAAGGAUUGAGAAUAGAUAUUAAUGAAAAUGCUACCCCAUUAGAUAUAUUUAGACGGGUAUUUUCUCAAGAAUUACUCGAAUAUUUAGUAGCCAGGACAAAUGCAUAUGGCGAUUUUUUGUCUAAUUCUAAUAAACCCCAUACCAGAAAUAGCCGAAACCAAGCUUUUAGAGUUGUAACAGUAAAUGAGAUGGAGAUGUUCUUGGCUUUGUGUGUGUUGCAAGGUCAAGUAAAAGGACCUAGUAGGAGAUCAUUGUUCUCAUUCUCCGAUCCCUUAUAUUUUCACCCAUUUUUUACAUACAUAAUGUCAGGACGUCGGUUCGAACAAAUAUUACGAUGUCUUAGUUUGUCUGAAGCUAAUGCUAAAGGAGAAAAGAAAGUUUCUGAUUUCAUGAAGGCCAUAUGUGAGAAUUUUCGGCAAAUCUACAGUCCCGGUGUGAAUCUAUCAAUUGAUGAAUCGCUAAUUUUGUUUAAUUUUGUUUCGUGGCCGAUUACAUUUUCGACAAUAUAUUAAGUCAAAAAAAGCUCGUUACGGAAUUAUUUUUUUUGUAUUUACUACUUCUGAUGGAUAUGUUUUAAAUAUAUUAAUGUACAAAGGUAAAAAUGAAGAAAUAGAAUCAGACCCGGCAAUCAAGAAGACAGAAAAAAUUGUAAUGGAAUUGGUACAGCCAUAUCUCCUUGACUAGAGACAAGAUAUCGAUGCAAAGGCUGUGAAAAAAAACCACCUCUUUGUCCAUCCUGCUUCGAGGAAUGGCACAAUCGCAAAACUGAUUAAGUUUAAGUUAUUAUCUUAAAAAUACUUAACUAGUAGACUGAUAGAAGAGAAAUAACUAAUUAUUAUAAACUAGAAUUAGCCUAAAGUUAAAAUGACGGACUGUGAUUUAGGUUAACAUUUUUUAUACUAAAGCAAUACAUAGGAAUAGUGAUAUUAGAUUGAUUUUUGAUGCUAUAAAGACUUUACUCAUGUGUUGUGUACAAUAAUUGAAGACUGAUUGAUAAGUUAAUUAUUUUCGUGAACUUUUUGAUUAGAGGGAUAUAGAUGUUUUAGAAGAAUUAGAAAUUAUAAAACUUUCAUAGUAUUGUCGACCAAAGUGCCUAGCUAUGAAACGCGAUGUUGAAGAAUAAUACUUAUUUUAUGUUUUUGAAUUAGAAUAUUUGAUGUUUUUGUUUGAAUUUGUAUUUUUUGAGUGCGUAAGCAUUCGUUUUCUAUCAAUAAAAUUGAUUUAUUUUUGUUCAAUGGAGUUUUUUUAAUAUCUUUACGGUACGGUAGAACCCGUACUGACUAUCACGACGUCUUGAGUUUGCUAUUCUUCAUAACAGUACGGCGUUGCCCGAUGUACGGUGAGCGCCGCACUGACUAUCUUGGCGGUUUCACUCUGUUAUUCUUCAUGACAGUACGGGGUAGCCCGAUGUACGGUAAAUCCCGUACUGACUGCCUAAACAACUUAAUUAUAUUAGUCGUUAUGACAGUACGGCGUUGCCCGAUGUACGGUAAAGCCCGUACUGACUGUCUUGACGGAUUAACUUUGCUAUUUAUAAAAACAGUCCGGUUGUAUCCGUACAGCGGUUAUACCCGUAGCUACUGACGUACAUUAGUAUUUUAGUAUUUAUUUUAACAAGUACUGCUAUAGACGUAGUGAUUUUUUGUAUGGAAAACCGGAGUGUCAUCCUAUGUAAUUUGAGAUCAGUUUUCUGUCCUGUAAAGUGU